UUCUGUACCGGAUUUCGGGAGAAUUCUGUGCUGGAGCGACGGGAGAACCGAACCGGGAGAACUGAGAGCGUGCGUCAGAACGUGGUGACCCGUGAGCACGAUGAAUGCGGUGCGCGUGACCCUGCUCGUGAUUCUGGGCUCCGUCCAGUUCUGCAGAACCGAAUCGCGGCCCGGAACUCCAGAUGAGUUGCUGGUGAUAACUGCAGCGACAGAAGAGACCGAUGGCUUUCAGAGGUUCAUGCGGACAGUCAGACAGUUUAACUACACAGUUCAGGUAUUGGGUCUGGGGGAGGAGUGGAGGGGUGGUGAUGUGGCCAGGACUGUUGGUGGAGGUCAGAAAGUUCGCUGGCUGAAGAAAGAACUAGAAAAACACAAAGACAAACAAAAUACUGUCAUCAUGUUUGUAGACAGUUAUGAUGUAAUUUUAGCCAGUGGUCCAGAGGAUCUGCUUGUGAAGUUUUCUCGUUUUGGUCAUCGUGUGGUUUUCUCGGCUGAGGGUUUCUGCUGGCCUGACCAGAGACUCGCGUCCAAAUACCCUGCAGUUCACAACGGCAAACGCUACCUUAACUCUGGUGGUUUCAUCGGUUACGCUCCUGAGAUUCAUGCAAUAGUGAAGCAAUGGAAAUACAAAGACAAUGACGACGAUCAGCUGUUCUACACCCGAAUAUACCUGGACAAGGACCAGAGGAAAAAGCACAACAUCACACUGGACCACAAAUCACACAUCUUUCAGAACCUGAAUGGAGCUAUUGAGGAAGUCGUCCUAAAGUUUGAGAAGUCCAGAGUCAGAGCUCGGAAUGUGGCCUAUGACACACUUCCUGUCGUUAUUCAUGGCAACGGACCGACUAAGCUCCAGCUGAAUUAUCUGGGUAACUACGUCCCGACAGCGUGGACGUACGAGCACGGCUGUGGGGUCUGUGAUGAUGAUACGCUCGAUCUGAGUACUUUAUCUGAGAAGGAGAUGCCGCUGGUACACAUCGCUGUCUUUAUCGAGCAACCAACACCGUUUCUGGAGGAGUUUUUGGAAAGACUCGCAACACUGAAAUACCCGCACACAAGAUUACGACUCUUCAUACACAACAAUGUUGUGUAUCAUGAGCAGCAUGUGGAGAGAUUCUGGCUUCGUCAUCGUUCACUGUUUCCUGGAGCGAGAACAGUUGGACCAGAGGAGAAUCUGCGUCAGGAUCAGGCCAGGACUAUGGCAGUCGAGGCGUGCAGGAAGGACGUCUCCUGUGAUUAUUUCUUCAGUGUGGACUCAGACGUUGCUCUGACCAAUCCUGAUAUUUUAAAGAUUCUCAUUGAAGAAAACAAGAGUGUGAUUGCACCCAUGUUGUCUCGACACGGGAAGCUCUGGUCAAACUUCUGGGGAGCUUUAAGUCCUGAAGGCUUUUAUGCACGUUCUGAAGAUUAUAUUGACAUCGUCCAGGGCAAACGAGUGGGUUUGUGGAACGUUCCGUACAUUUCUCAGGUCUAUCUGAUUCGUGGAGAGACUCUACGAACCCGUCUGGCUGACGUCUCUCUGUACCAGCAGGUGGGCACGGACCCAGACAUGGCGUUCUGUAAAAGCAUCAGAGACCAGGGUGUGUUUAUGUUCGUGUCAAACAGAGAUGAGUUUGGACGUCUGGUCUCCACCACCAACUACAACAUCAGUCGUCUUUAUCCAGACAUGUGGCAGAUAUUUGAUAAUCCCUUGGACUGGAGAGAAAAAUACGUCCAUGAGAAUUAUUCCAGGAUUUUUGAGGAUGAUGGGAAUAUUGUUGAGCAGCCCUGUCCAGACGUCUACUGGUUUCCUGCGUUCUCUGAUAGGAUGUGUGAUGAGCUCGUUGAAACAAUGGAGCAUUUUGGCGAAUGGUCUGGAGGAAAACACUCGGACGAACGGUUGGCUGGUGGUUAUGAGAACGUUCCUACAGUAGAUAUUCAUAUGAAUCAGAUCCAGUAUGAGAAGGAGUGGCUGAAGUUUCUUAAAGAUUACAUUGCUCCAGUAACCGAGAAGCUGUACCCCGGAUACUAUCCUAAGGUGAUACACGCAUACAGUAAUCUUUCAGACCUCCACACUGACAAACUAUGCAGACAUCUGAACACGCGCGUGUGUGUGUACACGUUACAGGCUUCAGCCGUUAUGAACUUUGUGGUUCGGUAUCGCCCUGAUGAGCAGCCGUCUCUGCGCCCGCAUCACGAUUCCUCCACGUUCACCAUUAACAUCGCUCUCAACAGCAAAGGCAAAGAUUAUGAGGGUGGAGGUUGUCGUUUUGUACGCUAUGAGUGUAAGGUGGAGUCUCCCAGGAAGGGUUGGUCAUUUAUGCAUCCCGGUCGUUUGACGCAUUACCACGAGGGACUUCCCACAACAAGAGGAACACGAUACAUCAUGGUGUCAUUUGUGGAUCCGUGAAAGCCGUGUUUGUGUGUGCAUGUGUGUGUAUAUUUGUGUGUGUGUGUGUGUGUGUGUGUGUGUGUGUGUGUGUGUGUGUGUGUGUGUGUGUGUGUGUGUGUGUGUGUGUGUGUGUGUGUGUGUGUGUGUGUGUGUGUCAGAUUUUACUGUUACAGGCGGUUGCCUCAAGUUCAGUCGAACACUUUACUCCAGUUGUUUUUUACAGAAGUUUAAAGUGCGAUGAAAAUAUUUUUUACUUGAUUUUAUAGAAUAAUCAAAUUACAGUUGUUUUGUAAAAGCAUUUGACCUGAAAUCGCUUUUUAUACAAGAUCGCUUUAAAUUAUUUGUUGUUCUCGUAAAAUAAAUAAUUA